GUAGAACAACAUGGAAGCACACAUGAAGAGUUGUAGACUUUUAGUUGUCUUCGGUCUCAUUUUGUCUGUAUUUGGACAAUGGGAAUCCCAAGAAUACCUAAGAAGAGAACACACAUUGACGAAACCAUAUCAAGGUUCUGGCAUGGCAGUACCUCUGUGGGACUUCCAGGGGUCUACACUGGUGACCAAUCAGUACAUCCGGCUGACCAGUGACCACCAGAGUCUACAAGGAGCCAUCUGGAACACAGCUCCAUGCUUUGUACGGAACUGGGAGCUGCAUAUUCAGUUCAAGGUUCAUGGGUCUGGGAAGAACCUAUUUGGAGAUGGACUCGCCAUCUGGUACACCAAGGAAAGGAUGCACAUGGGUUCGAUCUUUGGCAGCAAGGACAACUUUGUUGGACUGGGCAUCUUCUUGGACACUUACAGCAACCACAAUGGGCCACAUAAUCACCAACAUCCAUACAUCUCUGCGAUGGUGAACAACGGUUCCAUGUCCUACGACCAUGACACCGAUGGAACACACACACAGAUUUCAGGCUGUGAGGCCCAGUUCCGAAACAAGGACUACGAUACCUUCCUUGCCAUGCGAUAUGAAAAUAAUGAAUUGAAGGUUUCUACAGAUAUUGCCAAUAAGAAUGGCUGGGCUGAGUGUUUUCGAGUGUUGGGAGUCCGGUUACCUGUAGGUUAUUACUUUGGUGUGACAGCUGCAACAGGAGAGUUAGCAGAUAACCAUGAUAUUAUUUCAAUGAAACUUUACGAUUUGGAUAAAGAAACAGAUUCAGAUAAGAAAACUGAGCCACCUUAUACCGGCCUGCCAGUGGCAGACCAUAUGGAAGCCCCAAGAGAUCGUGUUGAUGACAACAAAGGGUCAUAUCUCCUGGGCAGUCUGACUGGAUGGAAGCUGUUUGUUGUGAUUUUCCUCAUCCUCAUUGGCAUUGGUGUCUGUGGGAUUGUGGGAUUUGUUGUUUUUCAGCGUAACCAGGAUUACUCCCGAAAAAGAUUUUACUAAACCCUUUACCUGUUGUAUAUUUAUUUUAUUAAGUGGUAAAUAGUUAGGGUUUGACAAAAAAUAGUUUGUGUUGUCAGAUGAUUACGUAGGGGAUCUUUUGUUAUGAGAGUAAAAAGAUUCAGAAAAAUCUUUAAAAAAGAGGUGAUGGGGGGUUUUAAGCAACAAAGCAUUCAAAAAGGGUUUAUUUUUGUAUAUUUGUAUAUUGUGGGACGGAUGAGUGAUGGUAUGCAGGACAUGCAUUGGAGGAAUGCAUCUUUUUAUACUGUAUGACUUGAAAAAGUAUGCGACUUUAGUCAGUUAUGUUUCAAAACCAGAUGUGUUUGAUAACAGGAAGAACUUAGUAUUCAGUGAUAACCUUAUGCUGGUGAUAACGCAUUUAAUGUCGUGAUUUGAGUACCACUGGUUUCGAGUACCACUAGUGUGUAGAAAAUUGGAUUGGUGCAAGAUUUCCGAACUGCAAACACUUUUUUACUUUGUGUUUCUCACACAUGUGGUUCUAAGUAGUGAUCAAAUCCCAACAUCAGUAAAGUUCAUUGUUGUUUAUUUGUCAAAUUUAGUGCCAUUUUGAAAACAUAAUUAAUAAAGAUACAUAUUUCACUUCAUGUACUUUCGAGUUAAAAAUGUGUUCUGAUUUCCUCUGAGUUAAUCCAUGUGAAAAUUUUACUUUUUUGGUAUGUAUAUGAAAACAAUACGAAAGAAGGCAGGACAAGUGGACAGUUGUGUACACUCCUUCAAAUGACAGUGAUCCCGAAGUUAACUGUAGAACAAGUCAGGAAUAGGCAGCCAUGUUUCCUAGAAUACUAAUCAUAGUGCUCCAACCUGCAACUCUCAACUGCUCCAGUUUGCUGUUAGUCAAAACCAUCAUCUGUAAUUUUCUGAUGAUUUUGUUUUGUAUCAUGCACCAUGAUGUAUACUCUGUACAAUCUUUGGAGGUGCUGGUAAGGAACAGUUCUGCAUUUGUAAUGCUGAUCACUCUGCAAAGGUUCCUGAGAUACAUGCAAUGCUGUGAAAUUUAAUGUUAAAGAAUGUUUGGAUCUUUAUCAAGAACUAAGGCAAUUUGUGUUUGCUAGCUUCCACUGAGCUCUGAGCUACCAACUCCAAAUUUCACAAAUGUCUAAUUGAAUCAAAAUUUUGUAUUUUUUGUCAUUUGAACAAGCUUUUUUUUUCAUUUCUAUGUUUUGUAAACAAUGUUUUUCUAUAUUUGCUUCAAUGAACGGUAACCCAAAUGAACAUGAUUUUUUAUGAUUUUGCUUAAAAAUAUCAGUUGUUUAAGGUAUUUGUCCACAAUGGUCAAAGA